AUGGAAGAAGUGGAACCCAAAGAUAACGAGGAAACCGAAGUGAAUUCUGAGAAGGAAAUGAACAAAGACUCUGAGAAAGACCUGACUGAGGAUAGAGAUAGCGAGGACAAGGAAGGGUUGAUGACAGUAAUGUUUUAUCUUUUUCAAAUGGCAAGAUGCUGUCGUGAUGCGCGUGUCGCCAAUCCGAUGCGAGAAAUUUCGAUGCCCCACGACUGUGCGAAGAAACGAUAUUAUCACCGCUCUAUAAAUAAUAGCUGUUUGUCUACCCUUUUAUCGAAUCGAGGAUUCAUGGCUUCAACUUCCUCAUAUCCGCAGAAAAGAUCAAUUGUCAGUCCUAAAGUAUAUGAUGCAUUCAUUAGCUACCGGGGCACUGAUGUCGAAGACACCCUUGCUAAAGAGCUGCAUGACCACCUUAAGGACAGACUCUGCCAGGCAUUUGUAGACCGUGAAGAGACAGAAGGAGAAGAUUCUAUUCCAUCUGCAAUUCACAAUGCCAUAUGCACAUCUGUGGUCCAAAUAGCCAUUUUUUCAAGAAGAUAUGCAGAGUCCCCGUGGUGCUUAGACGAGCUCGUUCUUAUAUUGCAACAAACUGACGCCCUCUUUAUACCUGUCUUCUAUGAUGUCCAACCGUGGGAGCUACGCUACAUCGACAAUGACAAAUCACAGUAUGCUGCGGCAUUUUCUAAUUAUUGGAGUAAAGGGAGGAAUCUUGAUAAGCUUGAUAAAUGGAAAAGCUCCCUGGAAUCUGCUUCAAAUAUAUCUGGUUAUGAACAAAGCGAGCACAAAGACAAUUUGUGUGAAAGGAUUGUGUCCCGUGUGCUGCAAGAAAAGGAAAAGAGGGCCCUGUUACCUGUUGCGAAAUAUCCGGUUGGACUUGAUGAACUCGUCGAAGAUUUUGAAAGGUCUUGUUCAAAGGCAGCAAGGGACAGGGUCACGAUAGUAGGGAUCUUUGGACUUGGGGGGUCUGGCAAGACCACCCUGGCAAAAGAAUUGUAUAACAAUAAGCGUUCAGGCUACGAUGCAUCAUGCUUUUUCUCUCAUGUGAGAAAAUCGCAUGCCAAUAGUGCUUUACCUUCCAUGCAAAGUAAGCUCUUCUAUGAUCUCUUUCAUGAAGAUCGAAAGUUUGGCGAUACUACUGAAGGAAUAGGACAGCUGGAGCAUCGUCUCAGAAAGGCAAAGCAUUUGCAUUUUCUUAUUGUCCUCGAUGAUAUUGAUCAUCGAGACCAUGUAGAUACCCUGUUACCUGAAGCUAUGCUGAGCUCUGAUAGCCUGGUAAUUAUUACAACCCGUGACCAAAGUGUGUUAACGGGUGUAGAUAUCCAUUAUAGGAUGAAGGGGAUGAAUUGGGAUCGUGCUAUAAAUCUUUUCAGUAGCCAUGCUUUAGGCAGACCGAAUCUACCUCUAUCUCCUACAUAUGAGAAUUUGAAUGAAAGCUUCGUGAAAUUCUGUGGAGGUUUACCCCUCGCACUUAGAGUUUUGGGCGACCAUCUUUAUGGUAAGAAUGAAGAUGAUUGGGAGUUGGAAUUGGAAAAAGUUAUGGAUACCCAGCCCAUGGAUAUAAUGCAAAGCCUUAAAAUCAGCUUUGAUGGUCUGGACAGUCAGGAGAAACAGAUAUUUAUAGACAUUGCUUGUUUUUCCAAUAAGAAGACAGGAUAUCUAGUUAAAAAUGUGGCCAUAUCAAUCUGGAAUGCAUCCGGUUGGGACGUUGAGCAUGCAGUUCAAACCCUGCAAGAUAGGUGCCUAGUUGAACUGAGCAAGGAUGAUGAGUUUCAAAUGCAUGAUCACGUCCACAAUCUAGGAAGACAAUUGGCAGACCCUCCUCGGUUGUGGAAUUCAGAGGUUCUUAGAUCUAUGGAAGCAAAGGGAUUUAAACAAAUCCUAGAACAAACAAAGUGCAGGUGUUUUCAUUCCUUCAAGGACUCAACCCUUGAAACUGAAAUUUCUUAUUUAAUAGGUAGUUCGGAUGACUCUUCUGAGACUGAACUCCUGUGGCUUGAACUUGGUAACAAAGAGGGCAUCUUAAAAAGCAUUCCUACAUGGAUUCCUCUACAAAAACUGCGCUAUUUAUCUGUUUCGAACAUCGAAGAAUUGUGGAGCACUUUUCAGCAGCAGAUGCAGACCAAUACCCAGUUUCGAUAUGAGAAUACUGUUCAUCUCACGAUCUCCCCUCGUUGCAAAGUCUUCCAGAUUUAA